AUGCCUGUCACGACAAUCCUUCAGCAUGCAAUAGAGCGGGAUACACCUGUGACAGCUGAAGCUGGCUCGGAUACUCGUAUGAGUAACGACGUGGGUAACGUUUUCCCUGACCAUGUUCCAGUAGUCUCCAAAUUGGACUCUACUGAGGGCCGUUCCCCAAAAACUCCUCGAGGUUCCAAAAGAAAAAAGACUGCGACGGCAAUUUCUUCCAGUUCGUCUCCUCAAACGAAGCAACCGAGAAAGGCCUCUGCGCCUAGACGUCAAAGGGAAUCUUGCUUGUCUUCGACCCAAAUCGCUUCAGAGACGAACUAUUGCACUCUCGCUACUGAAGAGCCCCUUUCUUCCGAGACUCUUUCCCUUGGUGCUUCCUUUUUUGUCCCUUUGGGUCUUUCCAAUGGCAUGUUCAAUGGCAUGUUCAACAGCAUGGCUACGUAUGAACAAUCUCCAAAGGGGACGUGGGAGCCUCAAUUGACCUGCUACCACACUACGCCGGCAUCUUCGACGAACUGGGCCGUCGAGAACCCCUUUCCCAAUGCCUAUAUGGCUGCAGAAGAGGCAUUCAAUCUCUUCAACGGUCAGAGCACUACUGCAAGCCCUUCCACGAGCCAAAGCAACAGCGAGCAGAGGUCUUCUUUUGCCAGCAGUGCCGGACAAAUAUCACCUGCUAGCUACUUUACAGCACAUUCAUCCCCUAUGGGUUACAAGACUUUCCAACCGGCAUCCGAGGACAGCGCUUCGGCUAUGGCAGUCAUAAGCGAGCCAGCAGACGAGUAUUCACUGCCAGCCUACAAUCUGCAGCACUUUAAUCAACAGGCGGUGACGUGUUCUCGAGAAGAAGAAGGAGCUCUGCACCAUGUGUCGGGUGUUCGGCUGGCCGAAAUUCCGCAUGAUAUCAAAACCGCCCACCCCGUCCCAGUCUCGAGCGACUUUGCCUUCUUCAUCUCCUCUUCACUCGUCGUCGAUGAAUUCUUCAGAAUCCCACAACGUCGCCACGGAUAUGAUUACCAGAUCCCAGUCGAGAACCGCGGCUGCCCGCCAGAGGGCGAAGCAAGAAUGGCGCAGACGAACAGCAUCUCAGUCGUCGGCGAACUCCCAGGCCGCAGAGGCCUCUUCGCACUCACCUCGAGCUACAACCAGUCAACCAACAGUCGCUGCGUCGGAGCCAGUGGCUGCUUCAUCUUCAGGAGGUACUUUGUCUGA